AGAAGGCGUUUUCUAAGGCUAUGGCAUCACAUGAACUGUUGUUUGAUUUGUUAGUGCAGUGAAUGAGUCGUCAAGAUGGCUUCAGAUCUACCUAGUCGACAGUGUAUAAGUGUCGCAAGCAUUGCUGAAUUCAGUGAACCCAUUAGUGAAACAGAUGAGAUUGAAAGUGUUCGCAAACUUCAGAAGCUUGGAGACAAAGCCUUUAAGAAGAAGGACUAUGCCGCGGCAGCUGCCUGCUACAAAGAAGCUCUUGAGAUCGAUGAAGAGAAUGUCCAACUCUUGUCAAAGAGGGCAGUCUCCAACAUUGAACUCAAGGAUUACCAAGAUGCAAGGAUUGAUGCUGAUAUCCUUGUUAAACUCAAUCCUCAUGUUCCUCAGGGUCAUUAUCUGCUAGCAGUGUGUCUUGAUAAUCUAGAGGAGUAUGGAGCAGCUAUUACUGCUUUCCUAAGAGCAUUACGCUAUGAUCAAAACCACCAAACACAACUGGUUGACAAUGUUGCUGUUGUUGCUGCUAAUCUGUGUCACUUUCCUGAGGAUGUUCUUCAAAAGUUAGACGAUUGCAGCCCUAUUGAGAAACUGAUGAUUGUAGCUGAGUGUAUGUAUGAAUCAAAGCAAUACGAUGUCUGCAUCCAUGUUCAGCAGACUAUCCAAGAUAUGAAACAAACAGACAAAGAGACCAAACUCAAGUCUCAAUAUCUUCUUGCCAUGUGCUAUCAGAAACUUGAGGAAUUAGACCGUGCUCUGGACCAGUUCCACACCCUCCUAUCCCAGGCUCUGAGUCACAAGAAUGAUAUCUAUGAGGCUUCGGCUUAUCACAACCUAGCUCAGUUGAAUCUUAAGGUUGGUCAGAUCCACCAUGGUAUUGUCUUCUACGAGAAACUUCUUUCCAUCUGCGAAGACUUGAGACAGAGAAGCGACGGAGCUGAUGCCACAACUAGCAAGGGUGAGAUGGAUUAUCUUGUAGGGGAUAGACUACAAAAGCAUGUGCAUGAAAUUCUAACCAGUGCUUACAGAGCUGCAUCGGACCUUUCCCAAGCAUUGUUCCAUGCUGACCAGUACCUCUCUAAGACAGUCCAAGAAGAUGUCAGCAAGGACAAGGAGGUUGUAGGAAAGGCAUAUCUGUUGGUUGGAUUCCUUAGGGAAGGUUUAGGAGACUAUGCAACGGCUCUCAAGCACUACCAGGAAUACCUUGCUGUGAGUAAAACAAAGAAUGAUAAAUCUGGGAUUGCUCGAGCCUAUGGCUGUCUUGGUCGAGUGUACCACCGACUUUGUAAUUUUUCACUAGCGCAGUCUUUCUAUGAACAACAGCAUGCUAUUGCAGAGAAGUUCAAGUACUUGCAAAUGGUUGCUUCUGCUCUGAAAAAUCUUGCCAAGCUAUUUACUGAAAGAGAGAAUCACGAUGAGGCGAUCAAAUGCUUGGAAAAGUAUCUUCGAGUAAGUAGGAAGCUAGAUGAGUUCUACACUGAAUGUGAGGCUUUCAUUGACAUAGGAGAUUUCUAUCAACAUCAAGAUAGAGUCAUGCAAUCAGAGUAUUACUAUGAACAGGCAUUUAAUCUUGCAGAAAGGACUAAACUAACAGCACACCUUCAUAAAGCAGCCUCUAAACUAGCCCAAGUUCUUGUUCAGUCAGACGAUGAGAAGAAAAUUGAAAAGGCACGGUUCCUGUGUGAGGAGAGUAUGAAAUAUUGUCAAAGAGUUCAAAUGGUUCACGAGGAAGAUGGCACAGUAGUUCCUGAAGAGAUUCAACAAUGCCUCUUACGAAGCUCUUCUAUGUUGAAAAUCAGCCUUUGCCAGCUUCAGAGGAACUUGGAAGCUCUAGAGAUUGCUGAAGAACAAAAUAGUUCUAGCUUCCAGGAGAUACUUGCUAAACAGACGAGAGAUGAUACCAUUGAUCAGAGCAGUAGUAUGACAUUCCAGGACAUUUGUAAGCUGGUCAAUUCUCAGUCAAGUACUGUUGUAUACUAUGAUGUUACUGAUCUUGGUGUUCUCACAUGGGUGCUUAAACCUAACAAGGGCUGUGUCCACUUUGUGAAAGAAGUUCCAGAAGGAAGGCAAAGAUCUUCAGAGUAUCUCAAGGACCUGGUUUCCUCUAUUCACUCCAGCGAGGGCGGGCUUGAGAGUAUGUAUGACUGUGAAUACAGAGCACUACCCAUGCUGGAUUCGGAGACUUUCAAAAUGCAACUCUACUUCAAGUCAAUGUCAAGGAAUUACACACCUAUAAGCUUCACUUCCAGAGCUUACAGUGCCCCAGGAACUCCCAUUGGAAAGACCACACAGAAUCCACUGAGGACGCUGCACCGCUUCCUUUGGGAGCCCAUUGCUGAACAUGUCACAGAAGGGGAGGUCAUCAUAGUUCCUAAUGAUGCAUUGACACAGCUUUCAUUUGAUUCACUGACUGAUAAUGAAGGUCACCAGCUAGGGGAUACAUUGAAUAUGACAUCUAUACCAUCUCUAAUGGUUCUAAAGCAUCUUAUCAACAACCAAGAGAACAUCAAUAAUCUAUAUCUGGCAGACUCUCAUGCGACAGAUGAUCAAGCAUCUCAAGUCACAGGUGAUGAAGGCUCCAAGUUGAACCCAGCCUCUCCAAUCUACCUUGAUCACAUGAAUCGUGUAGUUGUUCCUCAGUCUACUCUACCUCACCAACCCAUCAUGGAUACUGUCAAAGUAGCACCUGAGAUGGCUGCCACCAGGAUGUACAACCCAAGCCAUGUGGCCUUUGAUAGGACUUUCCAUGGCACGGUGGGAGAUGGCAGGGACCCUGUCCUAGCGCAGGAGGAGAGGAGAGUGAGGGAGGGGUGUGCAAGAGGGAGUACCCUUAUUAGCAAGACCUGGAGCGGGGGAGAGGUACCUUCCGUCAGGGACGGGAGGGUGGGGACGUACCGACAGAGGGAAGGGGUAGCUGGUAUCGUUGCAAUGGGCAACCCGACAUUGCCUGAGAAGAUGAGACUACAUGGCAAGAUCUGGAAACCUAACUCUGAUCUGGAAAUUGCCCAGAUGGAAACCCACAAGAUUGCUGAUUACCUUCACACUGAACCAUACCUCGGGUCAAAGGUCACCAAGGAAGCUAUCUUGUCAGCAUUGCCAACGGCAACCCUCAUCCAUUUAGCUCUGUAUGGAUCAUGGGAGGAUGGGGUGCUAGCAUGCGCCCCUAACCCUACCACCCAACCGAUGGGGGAUGGGGUGUAUCCUGAAGGGGCGUAUCAGAUCGGGGUACAAGACAUCCUUGGUAUGAAGCUAUGCAGUCAGCUUGUGGUGCUCAGCUGUUGCUAUGGCAACAGGCAUCGGACCGUUCAUCUUGAUCUACCCCUUGCAUUCAUUGCCGCAGGUGCUCAAUGUGUUUUGGUAAUGUUAUGGGCGGUCAAUGAUCUAGUGAGGAAUAAGUUCUGGCAUCAUUUCUACCUAUCUCUUCAAGAAGGUACCAUGGUAUCACAAGCUGUACAAGCAGCUAAACAGGCAAUCAGACAAGAUAAUAGGUUCCAAGAUGCACGUAAUUGGGGUGCCUUCCAUGUGAUUGGGUUUGAUCAGUAUAUCAAUCUUAUGACCAUCAAACAUGCUAUGGUUGAUCACCAGCUGAAUCAAACACAGAAACAUGUUCUUAAUAACAUGAAAGAAGAUGCUCUUAAUCUAAGGGAAGACAAUCCUGAAGAUAAGACUGACUCAGCAUUGAUAACAAAGCUUUGUUCACAUAUGGCCUCAGCUCUCACACAUCAUGUUCAUUUUCCUACUGUAUUGAGCUGCAUCCUAAGCCUGCUACAACAAACUAAGAAGCUUCUAUCAUGCCCUGAGGGUGAACCUUUCCCAUCUUGGAUCCUACCGGUUGAAGUCUUUACCUCUCCUGCAGCUGUUCCUCUUCUUAACCUCAUGGGAUUCCAUUUCCAGCCUCGUGGCCAGACAAGCUAUGAACCAUUCGUGGUGUUCCCAACACGAGAUCUGGAUGGCCUUCUUCACCCUGCACUCCAGGCUUUUGAAGCUUUGAUCGCUAUCUCAAAGAACACAGAAGUGAGUCAUUGUUUGGCUAAGGUCCUGACUGAACAUGAAAAGCUCUCAUCAGGUCUUAUUGACAUUCUGUCAAUCACUAAACACAUGCCCGAGAUUCAACUACGAUGUAAUGAUUCUGGUAUCCAUAGUAUGUGGGUUGAUAAUACAGCUAGAGAGAUACUACAAGCCAUGGGAUUUAGACAGGUUGGCAAGCUGAUACUCUUUGAAGGAAGCAAAUCAAACAAAAACCAGCUGUAUGCAGUGCUUCAAGUCCUUUGUGCUGUGUGUGGUGAGAAAGGCAAGAACAUGUUAGAGAGACUUGAUAUGCGAUACCUUGGUUUAGCACCCAGUCGUCUGGCAGCCAAGUCCCCUCGUCAAUCUCCUUCUAAGUCAGCUCGUCUGAAGUCCAGUAGCACGGUCAGAUUGACCACUCCACCCAAGACCAUCAGUCGUCUCCGAACCUUGAAUCCUGUCGUCUUACCAGGAAACAAGAUGGAUUUCUCAACACCGUGGUGGAGUGAGGAAGCAAGACAAACAGAGGUUACAGAGAAAAUGAAACUAGCCAAGGAUCUGAGUGCUGUUCACAUUGGUUACUCUCAGAGAAUGCAGAAGAACAGUAGAUGGCAUCUAGAAGCCAUAGCACCUCAAGCAAGGGAAGAGAGAGACAAGGUUGGUCUUGCUCCUUCCAAACCCAGAAAGGUCAAGAUGAAACCUGGUGCCUCACCGUCCAUCCCCAGGGUACCCAUAGACUACGUUGAACCACUAACUGCAGAAGCUAUAGAACAGCGUAGAGACUAUGCUCAUUUCCUUUCAAGGGUACGAUCGCUGGAUUUAGAGAAACGGCAUCAGGGCUCGGUGCAGGGACUUUUCCUUCCAUAUGUGAACAACACAAAGGCUGAAGCAAAGUGAGCAGCCUAGAAUAGACAAUACAAUGAUAAGGAGAUGCUUGGUCUAUUAUGAGUGCAGUGCAAUGAUAUGUAGGUUUCCAUCAGGGUUUUGGAACUUGACUUCGGUAAUGCUUACUAUUUGGUAAGGCCCACUAGUGAAGGGACUGUGAAUGUUGCUAUUCUGUGUGACAGCUAUAAAAUUGUUGGAAAGAGGGAAAGAGGAAUUUAUCCAGAUUGUAUUGACCAUAUUCUGUAAUGGAGAUAAUACCUACUGUUUGUGACUGGAAUAAACUUGAUUAGAGUUUGAUUUAAAGUUCAAUGUAGGGUUUUUCUAUGAGAUAAAAUAAUUACUGAGCUGAAUUUGAAAGAAUGACUUGUGUCUUUAUAUAAUUCUACAAAACUGACUCCAAACCUUCCAAUGGUACUUGUAUACCAUUCAAAAUAAUAUACCGUAGUAGCUUUCAUAAGUCCAGGGCCCCGUGACACAAAGGUUAGCCAUUAAUUGUUAAUUUGAAAGGGCUAUUCUGAUUGGCUCCUAUAUUCAGUCUACUGAGCAAAAUGCGCAUGCAACGAUGGUCAUGAUAGGCCAAUUCAUUUAACGAUUGAUCACUAACCUUUGUGUUACGGGGCCCUGGGUUCGUUGUAUUGGUGUGAUGGUAGCAUUAUAUUUAAAAGGAUUGAUUAAAUCAUUUUAUGAUUUCAUAUUGAGUGUUGACCCAUUUGGUGUUGGUGUCAGGACAGUUUUCACAUCAGCACAACACCAAACUUAGAAUGAAGCUGGUCUUGCAUGAAUCACACAAGGUAUUCAGUAAUGAGAUUAUAUGAUCAUAUUUGUAAACUCACAUUAGAUGUUUGAAGUUAUGAUAGGCAAUCUGAACUGGGCUUCCAACACAAGUACUGACACCAAACAUCAAAUUCACCCAUUGUUUAUUGUCCUUCCCAGAAGAAGAAAUAGAGAACACCUUUUCUCAUUUUUUGUGGGUUAGUAUUGUCAUUCAGCUAGAUGAAAGUGUGAUAAUAGUAAUAAUAAUGGUAUAUUUACCCAGGGUACCCACUUCUGUCUCCAAUCUGAACGUUCAAUUGUAUAACAUUUGUCUUAUUUAUUAAGAAUAAUGGUGAUGUAUUGUAUUAUUUUAAUAUUAAUGAUUUACUGUCUUUUGAUGGACAAUACAUUGUAUUUGAUAUUUUAUGAGAUAUGAAAAUAAACCAAACUGAAACUAAGCUAGGCUACCUAUUUAGGUGCACAGAGCUUUUAUAGGAAUUACUUGUUGCUGGUACCCAUUUACCUCACCUGGGUCGAGUUCAACACACUGUGGAUGAAUUCUUUGCUGAAGGAAACUACGCCAUGGCUGGGAUUCGAACUAAUCCACUAGGCCACGACGCUCAUGAAUUCAAUCUGAUUUUGGUGCCUUGAACAAACCAGAGAGGUGUUUAAUGUUUUUUAAUGGGGGUGGGGAUGUUUGCAGAUUGAUUGGUACUCUAUUAAUUUUGAGAGGCAAAAUGAUGUAGCUGGCAUUCACAGAAAUUUGAUAUUUUCAAAAAGAAAGGCUUUGUUUAUGUAAGAAAAUUUGUUUUUGCCUAAACAUUGACAUGCCUCAUUGUAAUGGCCCAGAGAAUCACUGAGGAAAGUUAGGCUUUCACACCCAUGGUUAAUGAUAAAUAAAUAAAAUAAUAUAGGAUUUGUAUAGCGCACGUAUCCAACUUGCUACGUGCUCAAGAUGCUCCUAUAUUACCCCUGAUAAGCUAGUCUACCGAUUCUGGUGCUCAAAACUUUUUGAGGAAUUACUUCCAUUUACCUCACCUGGGUUGAGUGCAGCACAUUGUGGAUAAAUUUCUUGCUGCAGGAAAAACAUGCCAUGGCUAGGAUUUGAACUCGCGACCCUCUGUUUGAAAGGAGAGAGUCAGAACCACUAGACCACGACGCGCCCACAUGAAUAAUUCUCUGACCAAUAGUACAAGAAUCAAAUUUUUUUUUUUAAUAGACAAGCUUCAAUAUGGUCAAUGAUUUUAUAGAUUUGUGUUACUUCUGAUUUUGCUUCUUGUAUGCCUUGGUAUAAGAUUACCCAUUUUAAGUAAAUUGAGGUCUUUUCAAACAGAGUGGAGUUAUUUGUAGACCUUGAAGAUCAUUAAUCGAGUAAUUCUAUAAUAUUUAUAUUAUAAAAAUGUUUGUUUGAUGAAUAUUUUGAAUCUUAUGGGAACUGAAGCUAACUAAAGAUAUGCCGUAAUUCACUGUAAUUUGGCCAUAUUAGGAAACUUCAUCUCCAUGGUUUUGCUUCGAAGUCUUAAGUUAAACAUACUAUCUGAUUUUUUUUCAUAUGGCCAUGAAGGUUGACAUUGGUUUUCAUUAAAAUUGCAUAUGUAAAUGCUGAACUUUGAAUUUGAAAAUUGAUAUGUAGAUUCUUUUGCAAAAUGAUUUAUUGGAAAUGAUUCUAUUCUGUACAUAUCAAUGUUAAAAUUUGUACUUUGCUGAUAAGCUUUCAGUUGAAUCUUUGAUCUUGUUUUUGAGUUGAGGUAAUCUUUGCUGAAUACAGGGCAAUAUUUGUCAUUACCUUGUUUGCAAGGUCCAUGUCCUUUCCGUCCAUGUUUUCAUGAAAAAAACAAUACCAAAAUAUGAUGAAUGCAUUAUUCAAGUAUUAUUCAUUGUUUUUAAAAUAUGUAAUAUAUGUAUUGAUGACAUUUAUUUUUUGUAAAUUAUUUGCUCCAAGAGUGUAUUUCAUGGAGAUUUGUAUAUUUGUUAUAUUUCAAUAAGCACCUUCUACUGUACAUUUAUGAAAUAAAUUUCUAUAAGUUUAUUGAUUAUCAAG